CGCGCUAGCUCUUUCUCGCGCGUUGUGUGUACGAGUCGAGAGUCGCGCGCCGCCGAUUCUCUCUUGGUCCGCUUGCAAGCUCGCGCGCCAGCCACACGGCCACGUUUUUCCUUCAUUCAUUGAACUCGCGACGUUGUGCUCUCGUGGUCGUGCGAUCGCGACUCGGCUGGACUUUUAUUUCUCUUUCUCUUGCCGCCGCCGAGUGACGCGUAGUGUUGUAGUGUGCGCAUUGCUGCGUGUGAACGUUCGCGAGCCUUUCGGAAAAGCACCUACCGAGCUAUCGAUUCCUUGAGAUCGUUUAAAGUACCAAUAAAAUAAAUAAAGAGCCGAAAGCCAAUGGUUUUGUAGUCGAGUGGUCGAUGCGAUCGUCGUAGUACUCGAAGCGGAGCGCAGCAAGUGGCUACGAAUGAAAAAAGGAGAAGGAGCCGCCUCGUGCUCGUCGACCGGUAACAGCAGCAGCAGUCGCCGCCGCAGCAGCUGCGCCAGCAUGACCAGCUCCAAGUUCGAGGAGGCCGAUCAGGAGGACGAGGAGCGGGCCCGCAAGCUCGCGCAGAUAGCCCUCGUGGACAUCGAGAAGCUGCCGCCCCGAGUGGUCGUGCCGACCGAGCGCAGAGCCCGAUGGAACUCGCGCAACAUCAUGCCCAUGUCGCCGCUUCAGGUCAUAGACGGCAAGAUCGUGAGGAGCGCCCUGCUGCUCAACAGAUUCCGCAGGAAGAAGCGAAAGAUUCGCUUCAAGGAACAGCUCGUGGCCGGAGCCCUCGAGCCGGAGAACCCCUGGAAGUGUCGAACGGACUUGAAAAAAGAUCCCAUAAUCGCGGCCUACAAGGAAGCUUGCGCGAAGCACAAAGCGAGUCCCUACCAGAGCAUCAUCUAUCAAAUCAAGAGCGCGGAGAACAUGGACGAUCGCUGCGAGGAGCUGAAUUUCCAAGGGGUGACGCUCUACGUGCAGGACUGCGAGGCCCUCGAGGAGAUCUUCCGCCGAGUCUUGUUUCGCAAAGUCGAUCUGUCGAGUUCGAUCGGCCACGACGCGGCGGCCGAGGCUCUAUUCCAGCAGUUCGAGUACUACGAGCCAGUGACCCAUCUCGACCUGUCCAACAACACCUACAUCGGCUAUUACGGCUGGAUAGCCUGCAGUCGAAUGUUGAGAAAAACGAGAUCGCUGAAGCGGCUCGACGCCAAUAACGUGAGGCUCAAGGACGACUACAUGACGGUGCUGAUGCGCGGCUUCCGCUACGCCUACCUCAACGUCCUGAGCAUAAGCUCGAGCAAGCUCAACGGCAAACUGCUCGAGCUCCUCGUCACGGCCCUCAAGUUCAACAUGGCUCUGCGCGAGCUCUACCUCUGCGACAACCAGAUCCAGGGCACCUUCGACUCUUGCCAGCUCGAGACGCUGCUCAAGUUCAACAGCCGGCUGAGAUACCUCGACUUGAGCGACAAUCGCAUCCAGGACGAGGACAUGUACUACAUCGUCAACGGGCUGACGCACCAGCUGCACUUUGGCCUCUACAGCAAGUCCAAGCGAGGUUUGGAGACACUAGUACUUGACAAUAACAAACUCACGAGGCGAGCCUCGACGCACAUUAACGCUGCCAUUAAAGGAUCGAAAACUUUGGAGUGCUUGAGUCUUGCGGGUAUGCCCCUGCAGGAUGAUACCAUCAUGGACAUAAGGGAGUCUCUGCUGGCGAAUCGGCAGCUCAGCCGAUUGAUACUCGAAAAUACGGAAAUUACCGAUUUCGGCGCCGAGGAAUUGGCCAGAAUUCUCAAGAAUAAUGACGUCAUCGAGGCCCUGGAUCUGCAAAAUAAUCCCAUCUACAAACCGGGUCUCCUGAGUCUUGUCGAAGCCAUGGAGCAUAAUAAAAGAAUAACUGAGAUUCACGUCGAUGAAAAGCCUAAAGUCAAAACGGUGACCAAAAUCAAAAUCAAGUACAGCGAACUGUAUCGUCAAAUCCAGAGUUUAUGCGAGAAAAAUGCCGAAUUGAUAAAACUCGAAACCGCCCUGAUCGAAGCCGAGGCCGAUGAAAGUGAAGACAGCGAUGAAAAUAGUCAGCUUUUCGGAGGUGACGACGAUCUCAACGAUCUCGAAAAACAGCAAGACCAACUUCCGUCCGAAUACAAACGCUUUGCCAACUGGAAAGUUUAAUUGAUAUUUGUACGAUUCUGCACAAAUUUAUCAUCGCUUGCACAGGCCAUCACGUCGUGACACAUUUUUCAGCAAAACUUGAUGCAGCAGUGAUCGUCGCUGGCUCUCGCUGAAAUACUUCGUUAUAAAUUUAAUACCUACUUGAUAAGAGAACAAUUUCAUGUUUACAUGAUCGCUUCAUCAUUAUAUCUU